CGGGCGGCGAGCCCCGGGCGCGGGCAGCCCUCGGCGGCGCCCCCGCAGGCUCCGCGCCCCCGGACCGCGGCGUGGAACGCGCGCUCCCGGCUGCGGCUGAACCCGCAACGUGAAAAACUGAUGUGAAUCAAAAUGGUCACCACCUAGAAGUCUGCAGCGACGAGUGACAAUUACACGCCAUCACAUCGGUGAACCUCUCGAGAGGCUGAGAAGCUGGCGCUGAAGCUGAAGCCUGGGAAGUGCUCCUCAGUAUUUUUUGCUGGCUUGUGCCAUGUCUGCUGCAGAAGAGCUUUCUGCAAGUCCCUCUCUUGCAUGACAACACUGUGUGAAACUGUCAUAACCAGUACAGCUGAGAGUUGGAAAACAUGCCCUGCUUGGAGAUGACAACCAAAAGGAAGAUUAUUGGCCGCUUGGUGCCCUGCCGCUGUUUUCGCGGUGAGGAGGAGAUCGUUUCCGUCCUGGAUUACUCUCACUGCGGCCUGCAGCAGGUGCCAAAGGAGGUCUUCAACUUCGAGCGCACGUUAGAGGAGCUUUAUCUGGAUGCCAAUCAAAUCGAAGAGCUACCCAAGCAACUGUUCAACUGCCAGGCGCUACGCAAGCUGAGCAUACCAGACAAUGACCUCUCCAGUCUGCCAACCACCAUUGCUAGCUUAGUUAAUCUCAGAGAACUUGAUAUCAGUAAAAAUGGAAUUCAAGACUUCCCAGAGAAUAUUAAGUGCUGUAAAUGCUUAACAAUUAUUGAAGCCAGUGUCAAUCCAGUAUCGAAGCUGCCAGAUGGCUUCACACAACUUCUAAAUUUGACCCAGCUCUAUCUAAAUGAUGCCUUUUUGGAGUUUCUCCCAGCUAACUUUGGAAGACUUGUCAAAUUGAGAAUAUUGGAGUUAAGGGAAAAUCACUUGAAAACUCUACCAAAGUCGAUGCACAAGCUGACUCAGCUGGAGAGACUUGAUCUGGGCAAUAAUGAGUUUUCUGAACUGCCCGAGGUUCUCGAACAAAUACAGAAUCUGAAGGAAUUGUGGAUGGACAAUAAUUCUCUGCAAAUACUACCUGGGUCUAUAGGGAAGUUAAAACAGCUCGUGUACCUGGAUAUGUCAAAAAACAGGAUAGAAACUGUUGAUUUGGACAUAUCGGGAUGUGAAGGACUUGAAGACCUCCUGUUGUCAUCAAAUAUGUUGCAGCAACUGCCAGACUCCAUAGGGCUGCUGAAAAGGCUCACCACGUUAAAAGUGGAUGACAAUCAGCUCACAAUUUUGCCCAACGCGAUUGGAAAUUUAUCUUUAUUAGAAGAAUUUGACUGCAGUUGCAAUGAGUUGGAGUCGUUACCUUCUACCAUCGGUUACCUUCACAACCUGAGGACGUUGGCUGUGGAUGAGAAUUUCCUUCCUGAGCUGCCCAGAGAAAUUGGAAGUUGCAAAAACGUAACGGUGAUGUCCCUGCGCUCCAACAAACUGGAAUUUCUUCCAGAUGAAAUAGGUCAGAUGCAGAAGCUGAGAGUGUUAAACCUGAGUGAUAACAGGCUGAAGAACUUGCCAUUCACUUUUACUAAACUCAAAGAACUUGCAGCUUUGUGGCUUUCUGACAACCAGUCCAAGGCUCUCAUCCCCCUGCAAACUGAGGCUCACCCGGAAACGAAGCAGAGAGUUUUGACUAACUACAUGUUUCCCCAGCAACCCCGCAGCGAUGAAGAUUUCCAGUCAGACAGUGAUAGCUUCAACCCUACUUUGUGGGAGGAGCAGAGACAGCAACGUAUGACUGUUGCCUUUGAAUUUGAAGAAAAAAAGGAAGAGGAGGAAAAUCCAGGGAAAGUUAAGGUUGAAAUAAAUCUAAAACGUUAUCCCACUCCAUACCCGGAGGAUUUAAAGAAUAUGGUAAAAUCAGUUCAAAAUCUGGUGGGCAAAACAAGCCAUGGAGUACGGCCUGAGAACUCAGCACCAACCGCCAACACUGAACAAACUGUGAAAGACAAGUAUGAGCACAAGUGGCCCAUGGCACCAAAGGAGAUUUCAGUGGAGGUGCAAGAAUUCCAUAAGAGUCACCUGUCUGAUACAGACAACACUCAUAAAUCGACUCUGGACAGGAAGGAGAAAGAAGAGCGUACAAAAAGCUCAGAGGAUGCCUUUGGACAUCCUGCCAGUGAGAUGAGGAUAGGGGAACUUCGUCCUUCCCUGCCAGAGACUCCGUUGUACCCACCCAAACUUGUUCUUCUGGGUAAAGACAAGAAAGAGUCGACAGAUGAGUCUGAAGCAGAUAAGAUCCACUGUCUGAAUAACAGCGUUUCCUCAGGCACUUACUCAGACUAUUCCCCUUCCCAGGCUUCCUCAGGGUCCUCCAACGCGCACAUUAAAAUGGGGUCCUUGCAGACAUCGGCUAAAGAAGCAGUGAAUAACUCUUUGUGGGGGAACAGCAGGCUGGUGCAAUCGUUUCCACAGCCCCUCGAAACAAAGCCAUUACUGAGCCAACGGGAAUCUGCUCCGGCAGGGAACGUGCCGCCGCGCACCGACCGGCGUCCUCUGAGUGAGACCUUCACCGACAGCUGGAAUGACAGCUCACACUACGACAACACCGGCUUCGUGGCGGAGGAGAGUGUGGUGGAGAACCCCAGCGCUAACCCUCUGCUAAGCACGAAAUCUAGAAGCACAUCUGCGCAUGGGCGCAGGCCGCUGAUUAGGCAGGACAGGAUAGUUGGCAUUCCUCUGGAGCUGGAGCAGCCGACGCUCAGAAACACACACGAAUCUGAAGUGCCUCCUCCCAACCCUUGGCAAAAUUGGACCAGAACCCCUAGUCCUUUUGAAGACAGGACAGCUUUUCCUUCCAAACUGGAAAACACCCCCACCACCAGCCCUUUGCCCGAGCGGAAAGAUCUUGUCAAAGAGUCUCCUGAGAUAACUAGCACUUUCGCUCCCGGAAUAGCAUGGGAAUAUCACGAUUCAAAUGCUAACAGAAGCCUCACAAAUGUCUUUUCACAUAUCCACUGUCGCCCAGACCCUUCUAAAAGCGUUAUUUCCAUCAGCAAGAGUACGGAAAGGCUUUCUCCGAUGAUGAGGGAUUUAAAAACUAACAAAUUUAAGAAAUCGCAAAGUAUCGACGAGAUAGACAUCGGUACCUACAAGGUUUAUAAUAUUCCUUUAGAAAACUAUGCAUCUGGUAACGAUACUGUAGGAGCCCACGAGAGGGUGGACAAGCUGCUGGGCCCGGAGCACGGCAUGCUGAGCAUGUCCCGCAGCCAGUCGGUCCCCAUGCUGGACGACGAGCUGCUGACCUACGGCAGCGUCAAGGUGCAGCCGCAGCAGAAGUCAUCCGUGACGAAGAAGGUCUACCAGUUUGACCAAAGCUUCAACCCGCAGGGAGCAGUGGAGGUCACGGCCGAGAAGAGGCUACCGCCGCCUUUCCAGCUCAACCCCGAGUACAUCGCCCCGCAGAGCAAGAACCUGCCCCAGGAGCUGGUCAGCCCCAGGGCGUACCGCGGCUACCCGCCCGUGGAGCACAUGUUCUCCUUCUCCCAGCCGUCGGUGAAUGAGGAUUCUGUCAGCACGCCCUUCACGAGCCAGGGCUCCAGGCCGGGCUUCUUGAGGAGGGCGGAUUCUCUGGCCAGCUCCACCGAGAUGUCCAUGUUCCGCAGGGUGAGCGAGCCCCACGAGCUGCCGCCCGGCGACAGAUACGGCCGGGCUCCGUACCGCGGGGCCAUGGAGCGCCAGGGCAGCAUCUCGGUCUCCGAGUCCCAGUUCCUCAAGAGGAACGGCAGGUACGAGGACGAGCAUCCUUCUUACCAAGAAGUGAAAGCCCAGACCGGCAGCUUUCCCGUUAAAAACCUCACCCAAAGGAGGCCCUUGUCUGCAAGAAGCUACAGUACAGAAAGUUAUGGCACCUCUCAAACCAGGCCGGUCUCAGCGAGGCCCACCAUGGCGGCUCUGCUGGAAAAGAUACCGUCAGACUAUAACUUGGGUAACUAUGGCGACAAGCCUUCCGAUAGCAGUGAUAUAAAGACAAGGCCCACCCCUGUGAAGGGAAAUGAGAGCUGUGCUAAAAUGCCCGCUGACUGGAGACAACAGCUACUUAGACAUAUAGAAGCUAGAAGGUUAGACAGGACCGCUGCUUACAAACACAACACAGUUAGCCUUGGCAUGCUGCACUCUGGAGGGUUUUCAGCAAUGCAUGCCGGCAGAAGCAUGACUUUAAACUUGCAGACUAAAUCUAAAUUUGAAAACCAAAUGCUUCAAGAGCUACCUCUACCGAAAACCCCGUCGCAGCAGAGCAGCAUCCUGGACAACGGGCAGGACGAGGGGCCGGGGAGCGGCCAGUGGAACCCCUACCCGCUGGGGCGGCGGGACGUGCCCCCCGACACCGUCAGCAAGAAGGCAGGUAGCCACAUCCAGACCUUGAUGGGGUCGCAAAGCCUGCAGCACCGCAGCCGUGAGCAGCAGUACGAGGGGAACAUGAACAAGGUGACCAUCCAGCAGUACCAGCCCCCGCUGCCCAUCCAGAUCCCCUCCUCGCAGAGCUCCCGAGCGCCGCAGACGGGGCGAUGCCUCAUCCAGACCAAGGGGCAGAGGAGUACGGACGCCUACCAGGAGCAGUUUUGUGUGAGGAUAGAGAAGAAUCCUGGCCUUGGUUUUAGUAUCAGUGGUGGAAUAAGUGGACAAGGCAAUCCAUUCAAACCUUCCGAUAAGGGUAUCUUUGUUACUAGGGUUCAGCCUGACGGACCAGCAUCCAGCCUGCUCCAGCCUGGCGACAAGAUCCUCCAGGCAAACGGACACAGUUUUGUACAUAUGGAACACGAGAAAGCUGUAUUACUACUGAAGAGUUUCCAGAACACAGUAGACCUAGUUAUUCAACGUGAGCUUACCGUCUAAAUAUUUUUUUAUAAAUAGUAAAUAUGUCUAGCCAGAUCUAACGUUCAAACAGAUUUAUACAUAGGAAACCAAUUUUUGCCAAUUGCUGGACCAAUGGCAAACAGUAGUGCCAAAUGUAUAAUACUCUAUGUCAGUACCAAUCAUCUCGACAGAAAUACACGACCGACAGAUCUCUGGUUCAUGUGGCUACGUAUCAGUUCUACCCGUCAGCCUCCGGCUGUGCAUUGGUGCGUUUUUUUAAUCGAGUUUCUUCUUAAGGUCAAUUUCAUAUGAUUUCAAAACACAGAAGCACAUACCAGUUCGUUAGGAAUUCUGCUGUCCAUCAGAAACACUGCCUCAAAGUUGUAUAUGCCUUUAUAAAGAUGAAAUAUAUUAACCUGUACUUCCCAUGAGAUAUUUCUAUCAUGUCACAUACGAAAAUAUAGAGAAAAGAUAUUU